AUGACGACGGCGAUAAUCUUUCUAUUGAAUAACACCCCAUCGAUGCUGCAAACGACGAUGAUGAAUGGGGUGCGCAAUUCGUACAUAGAUAUUGCCAAACAGACGGUAGAAACGUUCGUACAGCUUCGUUGUAAGGAUGAGAACGUCAUGUCUGAUCGUUACAUGCUGCUAACAUACGACACACCGCCGAAUCACAUGAAAGUGAGCUGGGACGCAAGUAUGGAUCAGUUUAUGAAUGCAGUAAAAACACUUGAAUGCACUGGAAGUACGUCGGAACGCAAUGCGCUAGGCAAUUUGUUUGAGAUGCUCAAUCAGGAGCGCAUGGUAUUUGGCGGGGAUACGUACGGCUACGGAAGAUGUCCAUCCACCGCCAUGUUCUGCUUCUUUGUGCUCAUCACGAACUAUCACGAUUUUCCGAAGAUAUCCGAUACUACCUUUUUGCCGCUAUCCCCAAACGUGGUUGGCUCGCAACUGACGAAGGAACCGUUUCGAUGGGAUCAGCGAUUGUUUGCAUUGGUCCUGGGAAGUACAAAAAGUCCACCGUACAUUAAAAAAAUGUCCCUCGCAAUGGGUGGAUGGUGUAUGCCGAUCAAAUCAAAGGGAAGUUGGUAUCGGAGCAUAUCAAGGCUAGCGAAAAAUUUAAAGGUUAUGCUGAUGAUCAGCUUCAUCCAUGAAACUAUCCUGUUCAAAAGCGCUGCUGAAACAAACAUCUACAAACUUGAACCAACGAAAUAUGCCCUGUUGAACUGUGGUGAAACAUGGAAAGGGUUGUGGCCUGUCCCGGAAUCCUACUGGCCAGAUGACGUACAAAAUGAGCUACCACCUCGUGAUGCUUUUCCGGUGAUGCGCAUACUGCCCGAGUCUAGUGACGAACCGGUAUGGAUGGCGAAUUUCCCAGUCGACAAAUACUGUGUGGAGACACGCACGAGUACAGACAAGUUACCGACAACGGACCCAGGCAAGGUAUGGCCGGUGGUGAUCAUGUCGACCACGCAUCGAAAGGAGCAGCCCUUUGGCUACAUUAAACGAGAAUGUGGAACAUUAUAUUUCUACAUUUCAACGUACAACUAUCCCGAGCUGCAUCGCUUGAUGACGGAAAACUUUCCUAACUUCAACGCGAGAAACGUACAAUUCAUUAACGCUUUGCAAAAUUACAUAUCCAUGAUACCAUCGUACUACCGGUACUACUUAAGCAAAGCACUGAGCGGUAUAGUGGAAAGCACCGUGCUGGAAAUGGUACUUCGGAUGGAAUGUGCAAAUCAUUACAAUAAGCACCUAUUGGACAGUUUUUGCCGCAUGCGAGAAGCUGCAAAAUUGAGUCGUAUGCGAAUGUGCGAUUACGUGUCGAAGCAACAGGGCAACCCCACUGCAAAGCAACAAGAAACUACGCCACUAAUCGAAGAACAUCCGUUACUAAAACUGCGAAAAAAGGAUACCCAAUGCACGGCAAAGACUAUCGUCGUGCCGACCAUCGAACGAUCGACCUUAUCACCCGACUACCGCAAACUUUACGCCAUCGAUCGCAAGGAUCUGCUCGAUAUGUUAAAUCGUAUGAGGAAUGCCUUCUACUGCCCGGAGAAUAUGUCAUACUGCAUGAAUUCCUUAAAACACUCGGUGCCUAUAGCAGUGAUGCAACAAUACACUGCAACCCAGCAGAAUAUGACCAUGCUGCGGACCCUUACGGUCAGUGAUAACACCGAGAACAUCCAAUUCUCACCAGCAGCUCGCUAUACUCGGGAGCAAUCUCAAAAGCUCACAGCAAAGAGAAUGAAAUUACUUUAG